AUGAGAACCCUUCUCUUCUUAGCGGCCGUUUGCGCCGUCGCGCUCUCAAUGAUGAGAGUCCCAAUGACAAAAGUCGUUCACGAGCGUGAGCAAUACAACACAAAGCUGAUCGGUGAGUACUUGAAGCAAAAGUACAUCAAGAACUACAAAUUCAACAACGACGCCUACAAUGAGGGUCUUUCCGAUUACCAAAAUGCUCAAUACUACGGAACACUCAGCAUCGGAACCCCACCACAGAACUUCAAGAUCCUCUUCGACACCGGAUCCUCGAACUUGUGGGUGCCAUGCAGUGAUUGCCCAUCAAAUAACUUGGCUUGCCAAUUCCAUGCCAAGUUCAACUGCAAGAAAUCGACCACUUGCAGAGCUACCGGAGCUCAAUUUGCCAUCCAAUAUGGAUCUGGAUCAAUGACUGGAGUUGUUGACAACGACAUUGUUUGCUUCGGGGACUCAAAGAGCGGCUUCUGUACCGACAAGACUCAAGGAUUCGCCUGCGCCGAGCAAGAGCCCGGAGUCUCAUUUGUGGCCGCCAAGUUCGACGGAAUUCUCGGAAUGGGCUUCGACUCGAUCUCCGUUAACAAGAUUCCUCAACCAAUGGACCAGAUCUUUGCCAACACUGCUAUCUGCGAUCAGCAAUUGUUCGCUUUCUGGUUGAGCCGUGAUGCUAAUGAUGUUGCUAAUGGAGGAGAGAUGACUCUUUGCGGAAUGGACUCAAACCAUUACACUGGCCAAAUUGCUUGGGCUCCAUUGAUCGCUGACGACUAUUGGCGCAUCAAGCUGGACAAGCUCACCAUCAAGGGAGCCUCGUACGGAGCCGGAGUUGCCGCUAUUGUUGACACCGGAACCUCGCUUCUCACUGGACCCACAGAUGAUAUCACUAAGAUUCAAAAAGCUAUUGGAGCGAUCCCACUCGGAAAUGGAGAGUACACCGUUCCCUGCAAGUUGGUCCCCGCUCUUCCCGAAAUCACCUUCACUAUCGCUGGAAAGGACUUCAAAUUGGCUGGAAAGGAUUACAUUCUUCAAGUCACCAGCCAGGGAACGACAAUCUGCCUCUCCGGCUUUAUGGGGCUCGAUAUCCCAGCUCCAAACGGACCUCUUUGGAUUCUCGGUGAUGUCUUCAUCGGUCGCUUCUACUCGGUCUUCGACCGUGGAAAUGAUCGUGUCGGAUUCGCCAUGUCCAAA